GCUACAAAAACGCAAAAUGAGUAAUCUUUUAUCGAAAAGCUAUCGUUAUCGAUGCGCGGAUUGGUAACACUUACAAAACAGCUGUUGCGCUUUUUGUUUAUAAACGUUUUCUUGCGGCAUUUUGGUGGGUGAUAAAAAACACUGUGCUAUGGAUGCCAAAAAGAUAUCCUUUGGCUUUAGCAAAGUGGCUAAAAAGCCCAGCAUUUUGCCACCCAAGGUAGCAAAAGAAGAAAACAAAGUCGAGCUUAUCAAAUGCCUCGAAGGCAAAGAAAUCAAACUUGUCGCUGAAAAGCAUGAAGAGGCGCCACUAAUCAUUCAAAUGGCCACCAAUCAAAAAACUUCCACAGCGCUGGCCAGUCUAAUGAAAAGACGAGCAGUGCUGCUGGGCGAAGAUGAUGGAGAACCCGAGGAGACGACCGCAGAGCCACAAUCAAUAGCCGAGGUCACCGCAAAUAACGACAUCAGUAAUUUGGAGCAACGUGCUGCACGUGAACUUCUGGCGGCCGCACAGAGUAAUGGCAGUGAAAUAGUAGAGGGUGAAAAGCUUGUAUUACCUGCAUUGAAAGCCGAUGAAUUACCACUUGACGGUGCCAAGGAGUCGACUAUAGAUGAUUAUGAUUCUAUACCCAUACAGCAAUUUGGUUUGGCCAUGUUGCGCGGUAUGGGCUGGAAGGAUCCGCCUCCUAAAAAGAAAGGUGCUGCGCCGGUAGACGAUGCUCCAUUUAUGCGACCCAAAGGCAUGGGAUUGGGUGCAGAUAAAGCACUCAAAUCGAAGGCACUUCUGGUACAGCCUGAGAGAAACGAGGUGUUGGAAAUUAAGAAGCAAGCUUACGUACGUAUCUUGGGUGGAAAGCUGAAGGAUCAGUAUGGGCAAAUUGAAGGUUUCGACGAUCAUGCUGGUCGGGUGAUUGUCAAAAUGGCAAUCGGAGGCGCCAAGGAGGCGUUCAAUGAGUUUCUCUGCCAGCCCGUGUCGCGCAAGGAGUAUUCACAGUACGGCAAAUGCAUAAAUUCGGCAAAGUAUGAAGAGUUUAAGAAGCAAGAAAAUGAGCACGGUCAAAUUAUUGUAAAACGCGAGAAAUCCACGGAAAGGAAAGACAUUCAAAGAGCAGAACACAGGGACAGAUAUCGUGAGCAGGACCGUAAACCGUACAAAACAAAGGAGGAAGAUCGAUCGCAUAGAUCAAGGGAUGAAGACCACAAAUCUUAUAGAUCAAGGGAUGAAGAUCGCAAGCCGCACAAAAGCGAGCAUCGCAGCAUUAAGACCGAGGAUCGUCGAGCUGACAGCAGAGAUUACAAAGAUGAAUGCAACAGUUACAGACAAGACGAACGCAAAGCCUACAAGACCGAAGAACGACGAAGAGACGACAUAAGUGGCAGCAGCAGCAGUCGUUACCGUCAAGAUUCACGUAGCAACAGUUGCACUUCCAAAACGAGUAGCCGGCGACGACAGCAAAGCACCUCAGAUGAUGCAGACGAUACUGGCGAGUCAACGGAAAGCGAUUCUGAUUCAGCAUACGAGCGCAAGGACAAGAAAAAGUCGAAAAGUGGUAAAUCUAAAAAGAAAUCAAAGAAGUCAAAAAGUAAAUCCCACCGUCAUCGUCAUUCAAGUGACUCCCAAGAUGACAGUGAUUCUAGCCUAGAUGAGCGUUCGCGACGUCGUCAUUCCAGCAAGCAUAAAAAGAAGACCAAGAAGAGCAAGCAUGCGCGCUCUCGUACUCGCUCCAGAUCUCGCGAAGGGCGUGGCAGAUAGUACAAAGAGCAUUUAGUUUACUUCAAUUGAAAACUUUAUUUAAAUAUGUUGGUAUCGAUCGAUCGGUUGACGACGCCUAAGCUUUUGUAUACUUAUGCGGGAUUAUCAUUAAAUUUCAUCUAACUCACAAAAAUUAAUCACAAAUUUGUCUUUUUUCUUGUUCUUUGAGAUUCUUAGGGUCCCAUACUACACACACAAUAUGUUAUAUUAUAAGACGUAUAGGAAUUGAAAAUAUCUUAUGUUUAAAAGUCAUGGUUUUACAACAAAGUUGAUUGGGUGAGUGGUUAAUGAUAAUACUUUCAAUAUAUGCGCAUAUAGUAUACUUUGCUUUCAUUUAAGAUGAUUACUAAAUGUAAUUGUUAUGAAUAUAGUAAUGGCAAGUUGAUGACUUAGUUAUUUAUAUAUGUUUCUUUCUUUUUUUUUUGGUCAAAUGUGGUGAAUGCGUGGUUUUGUGGUUGUAUUACAUAUUUAAAAAUGCGUAAGGUAUAAUGCCAUAAAUUUACUGCAGCUUUUUCUUGCCAUAUUGGAUUUUAUCAUUGACUAUUUUGGAAGCCUUCUGUAUGAUGGAUUUGAACACGUCCUUUUCAUUCAGGCCGGGCCACAAGGCAACGAGUACAGUGGCGCAAUACAUGAGCAACAGAUUGUUGAUGAUAGCACCAAUCCAGGCCAAAA